AAACUUUUCCAUCACUAAGUUUCCAGAAGGCAUUUAUAUUUGAAUCCAAGUGAUUGAGAAUUAAAACCAUGUCAGAUAUCGAUAAUUUCUUCAUUAAGAACAGGAGGGCCAUUAUAAUCACUGCCUUGGCUGCUGCCUCUGCUGUUGGUGCCUAUGUCUACUAUAAGCAAUCACAAGCAUUCUUAGAUACCUCUUCUACCAGCAAAGAAGAUGGCUCAUCUACAGCUUCCAGCUCCAAGAAGAAAAAUAAGAAGAAGAAGAAGAGCAAGGCUUCUACCCCAGAUUCCAAUGCUAAAACUGAAACCAGUGAAGAAACCAAGGAAUCUUCUCCAGCUCCAUAUCCUGUUGAUGCUAAGGGAUUGCCAGCAUUGACUGAAGAAAUCAUCAGCGGAUUAUCGGAAGAUGACAAGGCUCAUUGGGCUAUGAAAUUGAAGGAAGAUGGUAACUCUGAAUUCAAAGACAAGAAGUACCAAGAAGCAAUUGCAUUCUACACUGCUGCUUUACAAUUGAAGCAAGAUCCAAUUUACUACUCCAAUAGAUCUGCUUGUUAUGCUGCUUUAGAAGAUCACGAAAAUGUUAUUGCCGAUACCACUGAAGCAAUUAAAUUGAAACCAGACUAUACCAAGUGUGUUUUGAGAAGAGCCACUUCUUAUGAACAUUUAGAACAAUACGAAGAUGCCAUGUUUGACUUAACUGCCUUGACCAUUUACGGUGGAUUCUCCAACAAAUCAAUUGAACAAGUAUUGGAAAGAGUAUUGAGAAAACAUGCAGUCAAGAUUGUUAGUGGUAAGGAAAAGAAAUUGGCCUUGCCUUCCGCCGCCACCAUUGGUUCAUUCUUUAACGCUUUUGUUGAAGAACGUAAUCCUGAAGGAAUCACCGAAGAAAGCGAAGGCGGUGACCAAUUCUUGUACAAGGCUUUGCAACAAAUUGCUACCAACACCCAAGAAGGAUAUGAAGAAGCUGACUCAUUAAUUAACCAAGCUGUUGGUGCUUAUGAGCAAUCCGAACCAGAAAAUAAGGGACCAUAUGCUGUUGCCAUGGAAUACCUUGCCGCAUUCCAAUUCUUGAAGAACGAUCCUUCCAAUGCCACUAUCUCUAUUGAAAAGGCCAUCAACUUGAAACCAAGACCAAGAUCAUACAUCUUUAGAGCAUUGAUCAAUGCUGACAAGUCCUCUUACCAAGAAGCCCUUGAAGAUUUCAAGAAGGCCGAAGAAAUGGACCCAGAAUGUCCAGAUAUCUUCUACCACUUGGGUCAAUUAUUCUACCUUACUGGUGAUUUAACUCAAGCCGAAACCAACUUCAACAAGGCUAAGGAAUUGCAUCCAGAAAAUGUCUACGCAUACAUUCAAUUAGCAUGUAUUGCUUACAAGAACGGAUCUGGUGAAUCUGCUAAUGAAAAGUUCACAGAAGCCAGAUUAAAAUUCCCAACUUCUCCAGAAGUUCCAAACUACUAUGGUGAAAUCUUGGCUGAUAAAGGUGACAUCCAAGGUGCUGUUAGACAAUUUGAAAUUGCUGCUAGAUUACAAGAAAAGUUGGAAAGAUUCUCUGUUGGUGCCUUGCCAUUGAUUAACCAUGCCACUGUUAUUUCUCGUGAAUCCUUAGAACGUAUUGAUGAAGCUCAAGAAUUAUUGGUGCGUGCCUGUGAAUUAGACCCACGCAGUGAAUUGGCUAGAAUUUCAUUAGCCCAAAUCAAGUUGCAAAAGGAUGAAGUUGAUGAUGCCAUUGUAUUGUUUGAAGAAAGUUCUGAUUUGGCCAGAAGCUUUGAAGAAAAGGUACAAGCUACUUCCUUCGCUGAAGCUACCAAGAUGCAAAAGAGAAUCAAGAGUGAUCCAAUUUUAACAGCCAAGAUUGCUGAAGUUAUGAGACAAAGUGGUGCUAUCUAAGGAUAGAAGGACAAUCAAAUAGUUGCAAAAAAAAAAAACUAAAAAAACGAAAAUAUGGAUAAUAGAAAAAGUUUAUGGAUUGAACCGGUCAAAGACGACAACGACUCAGCUCAAUCGUUAUUUUGUAUAUAAAAGUGAGUGAGAGUCUUUGAAUCUGCUCACUUCCCUUUUCUUAUCUUGUUAUAUAUACGAUGAAGUAGUUUUAUUAUUGUUUAUGUUGUG